AUGUCAUUUGGCAACCGAAACAAGACUCCCUGCAAGUAUUUCCAGCAAGGCCGUUGUAAGAAGGGAAAUAACUGCAAUUUUGCGCAUGUCUAUACGAACGACAAUGGUAACGGUAGUGGAGGUAAAAAUGGCGGUGGAGACCUGUAUCAGAACUUCAUAAAUGCUUCAAACCUGGGUAAAUACGCCAAGGAAGUGGAGGAUGACAUGGCUUCGGCUUCAGAGUUGAAAUUUCAGCCUUUGACGUCAAGUUACGGUCUGGGCACGCCGUGUGCAGUGAAUUUGAUCCAAGAUCGAGACUUGUCACCCGAAGAAUCAAGGUUUCUGUACUACCAGGCACAAGCACAAAACUCAGUUCCCGCUUAUGAAACACAGAUGCAGGCCCGGGCGUCAGAUUCACAGUUUUGUCGAAAUUUCAUCGCUGCAGACACUAGGAAAGCUGCCAGGUUUUUACAGCUAGCAACGCAAAAAGCGUUUGAAACUGGAGCACCGUUGGCUAAGGGGUUCAUAGACCGGCCAUUGGAUCUGACAGGAAACUCAUACCCACCUCCAACAGCCAACUCAGGUGCGUCAAACUUGUUUGGUGCAACUGGUGGUAGUACCCAAAAUCCUUUUGGUCAACAGACGAAUGGGACUCCAUUUGGAAUACCUACAACAAAUACACAGCAGUCCUCUGGAGCCUUUGGUAAACCUGCUUUUGGGUCAUCGGGCGCCAGUGGGGCGUUUGGUCAACCGAAGUUUGGUUCUUCAGGAAAUCAAAGUUCCAACUCGCCUGCUUUUGGGACUAGUUCCUUCGGUACGCAACCUGGAGUUUCGGCAUUUGGAGGUGGAGCAAGCGCCUUUGGGAGCAAACCCUCUACCUCUUCUUUUGGAGCCAACCCCAGCGCUUUUGGUAGCCAGCCGGGAGGCCCAGCACCUAGUCAACCCGCUUUUGGUUCAACGAAUCCUGCGGGCUCAGCCUUUGGGAAACCAAGUUUUGGCUCCACGUCUUCACCUCAAGGGCCUGCUUUUGGAAGCAGUGGGUUUGCUGCUCCAUCCAGCUCAGCCGGGCCCCAAACAUCUUCAUCGCCUUUUUCAGGGUCUGCAUUUGGAAAACCAGCGUUUGGAACAGGUUCUGGCGGAAGCUCUCAGUUUGGGUCCAUACAAAAUACCCAAAAUUCAUCACCGUUCGGUUCUAUACAAAAUACGCAAAAUGCAUCACCGUUUGGUUCCAUGGCUAAUCAACCCAACAGCACAACUACGUCAUCACCUUUUGGAACUUCGAACACACUGGAAGCCAGCCAGAAACCAGCAGAGGCUCCGAAAGCUUUUGGAUUCGGCCAGAAUAACAAUAUGGGGUCCGGAGGAUUUACAUCCGCACUGGCAGGAAACCCAUUUAGUUCAGUACAGAAUCCCACACAGUUGCCAAACAAUAUGGGUUCCUUUCCCACCGGAAUCAGCAGUCAGACCGGAUUUGUUCAAGGUCUGCCACCGGCGGAACAACUUUCAGAAACAGAUCUCCCGAAGGAGGUUGUCACCUAUUUCAAAGCAGACCGAUUCGAACUCGGAAAGGUUCCAGAUAUUGCACCUCCUUUGGUAUUGAUAAACUAA